GUUUGUAUCGUUUAUAUUUUCAUUCAUAAGUAGUAACGGUUUCUGUUUAAAACGUUCGGUUAUUGUUAAUUAAUUAAUUAGUGUAUAAUGCUGCAAUUGUGUUCAUAUUCAUUUCCUGUCAUCGCUAUAAAAUGAAUAAGGACCAUAUAGUAAUUGGCGACGAAGAAGGAGGACACUAAAAGAUAUGGAAGAUAAAGGUAAGAACGAUGCGACGGCGGAGGUCUUGGAAUAUUACAGUAAACAUGCACAAAAUCGCAACCUGUCGUCGUACUUUUGCGGUGCCUACGGUAUUCCCACACCACAUCCACAACCACCGACAAUAACAACAACAUCAACAACACCACCACUACCUCCACAAGUCAUCAGCAGCAACAAUGAAGAUCAAGAUGUGGAAACUUCCGCCUUCCAUUCACCCACCAGCAGCGUAGCAUCCAGGAAAUUGGAAUGGGACAAUGGGGCCGACAUCGGCUACGACCACUACGAGGUGCAGAAGCUCAACAGAAGUAUAUCUUUGCCAACAAUCACCACGCAGGAAAAUAACAGUUCCUCUAAUCGUUUAGUGUUCCUCAAUAGUUCAUCAGACACAGAGUCCGUUAGAAAGAACGCUCGAGAAUCUGAUGAGAAGGAGGAGCGCUCGAGCUCUAGGAAAUCGGAAUCAUCAACGAGCCGUCCUUCUGCUAAGAUCAAGGAGGACGUACUGUUGUUUCUGAAGAGCAAAGUCGGCGUUCCUCAGGCAGAGUCCACGCCGAUUAUCAACGUUGUACCGACGCAUAGGAUAAUACCACAGAAACCUCCAAGAGCAAACAAGAAAAUCAUCGACAAGAAUGUGACAUUCUAUUCGAGCUCAUCCGAUUCGAAAUCCAAUACUUCGGAUAAAGAGUCUUCGAACAAUUACUACUCGUUAGGCGAUACUGCAAAACUCAAGAGUGUUGUAUCAUCGUCGGCAUCUUCUGAUGAUGAGGUGAAGCAGAAAAUUUUGGAAAAUUACCCCAAAGCCCGUCAGAUUUUUAACGAGAACAAAAAUCAUAGUGUAGAUGACGUACUUCUGAAACGAAGGGAGAAGAUCAAAUUAGAUAGAGUGAAUUUUAGUUACGAUUACCCAAUUGACCUGAAAGUAAAAAGCAGUUGCAGUGUGGAAAACGUUAGCUGUAGCAGUGAUACUACUCUUAAGAAAUGGACAAGUGAAUUCGAUUUGACGUUGCCGCAAAGGCUGAAGUAUUUUAAUAGGUAUCGAAGUAGGAAGAUCAAAAAUUUGCACGUCGCUAAGCCAAUCUGCGUAGAAUGUGUUUCCACGAAUCUUGUUACGGAUAAAGUUAUGCAGACUUGCUCUGAAAAUAUUAGCGUCGCAAUUCAAACAUCUCCUCAGAACGAACGAGUAUUUUAUGUUAAACAUAGCGGAGCGACUGCGAAAGCAACGGAUUCUUCGGAUGCUUCCAAUAGUUUCGAAUAUUUCCAUGGAGAUUCUUACAAUAAGUCGACGAAAUCACCGGAGAACCCUAUUGUUUCGAGUGAGAACAACACCUUGGAAAGUAAAGGGGAUGACGGUGACCAGAAAUCUUUGUUCACGAGCGUUGAGACUUCGAGCAAAGAGUUUUCAUUGUCGGAUAUUGAAUCUCAAACGAAAAAGGAACGUGAAGCUAAUUUAAAGCUCUUGAAUAAACUGAUUAAAUCUAAGAAAUACGAUGUGAAGACGAAGCAGUAUUAUUUAAACAAGAUUAUGAAGAAAAUCCUAUCACCCAAUUCUGGAAACAGUUCAAUUGACUCUGAGCAUAUUACGCCUAACAUUGAACCCAAGAUUGCGUACAGAGUAGAUCAAAUGGUGAUGAAUGACAAUCACUUGGAGAAUCCCACGAAAUUAACUGAAUUACACACAAACUUACCAUGGAAACCAGCGAUACCAGUGAUGGAGCCAACUCAGACGAAGAAUAAAAUCUUUACCAUGCCUACGGAGAAGUUGCCCAACAGUGAUUGCACCAAUAGCAGCACCGAACAAUCCAUUGGAGCGGUAUUUUCGAACAAUUUUAUUUUACCGAAAUCCGACGAGACCACCGAUUGGAAAAGUAACAAAACAGCUUCUGAGAUUAAAGUAGAUUCGAGUGGUUCCGUGAAUAGUUCCGAUGUGAUGGUAAAGUUCGCUAAAAACGAAAGAGAUCAUCAGCUGAAUUGGAUUAACAAAGAAAUCGAGCAUUUGAACAAGUUGCGCAACUAUUUGGAAAAGAACAAAACCACACAGACACCACACUUUAAAGAUAUUACAAACAUUAAUAAAACAACAUCCGUGUACAUGAUUACAACAGAGAGGCCGAACGAGCCGACCAAAGACACCAAUAACAUAGACAGCCAAGAUUUCCGUCUUAAAGUAGACAAUGUAAAUGAGUUCUCUGAAAUUGAUUUUCAUUUGUACAGUGACCAAGGCAACAGGGAUUAUAAAUUCAAAGAAAUUGUAGCAAAAUUGAAGCCGAAAGGUCAGAUGGAUGAUAGGAUUGAGGCGAAAACAAAUGAGAAUAGUAACAAUAAUAAUAAUAAUAACAGUGAUAAGCUCGAAUCGACAGAGUAUAUUAAAACUGAAGAACAUAGGAAGACUAAAGUCACUACUAUCAAAGAAUAUAAAACGAAGUUGCCUAAAUCAUCUGAUUUGCAGGAAGUGUCUAAAUCUAUAGAGAAUAAAGAGGGGAGCGCAAGUGAUAUGUCUCAAUCCAGGAAAAGUUCAACUCGAAACUCCGCGGCGCCGAGGAAGAAAACCGUGGAGUAUUCUUCACAGCUGGAACAACGAUCAUCUUACAAAAGCCCUUACAGUGAUAGCUCUUUAAGUGCGAAUGGCCAAAAUUCUGGCAAAAGUCUAUCUGUGAUAAGUUCCUUGGGAAAUAUAAAUGAUGAGGAUCUUGAUGUCGAAGAACAGUUUGAACGUAAAUCAGUUAAUCAGAUGGACGAUGACCGUAUUUAUGAUGGUGUAGAGCCUAGUCAAAGUAAAAUGAGUAGACAGUCCUCAUCGACAUCGAGAAAAUCACGCGAUUCUCGUCUUCCUCAAGAAUUCUCACCGGAAUUGGAUGAUAUCGAUGAAUUAUAUGACGAAAUGGACCGUGCAUCGUCGGUGAGACAAUCCACGGCAUCUGGAAAAUCUGAUAAUGGUUCCAUAUCUGAUGGCAACCCAAGUUACUCCAAACCUUCUAUUAUGAGCAGACAAUCAACAAAAAAAUCACUUGUAAAUCAAGAUGUGGAAUUUGAGGACGACAGAUUUGAUGGUAGAACGUCGUCAGCAAUUAGCAGACAAUCGACGAAAAAAUCUCUUGCAAAUCAAGAUCCGGAUUUUGAGGACGACAGAUUUGAUGGUAGAAUGCCGUCCGCAAUUAGCAGACAAUCAACGAAAAAAUCUCUUGCAAAUCAAGAAGUGGAUUUUGAGGAUGAUGGAUUUGAUGGUAGAGCGUCAUCAGCAACGUACAGGCAAUCUUCAAUGAAAAAAUCUGUAGCGAAUCAAGACGCAGACGAUGAUAGAUAUGACGAGCGUCCGUCCAUCAUGAGUAGACAAUCUUCAAAGAAAAAAUCUUCAAUGAAUCAAGCUGCAUCAGUCGAGGAUGACGAUAAUUAUUCUAUGGAUCAGCCGUCUAACACAAAACAAUCGACAUUGUUUAGAAUAUCAGAGGAUGGGUCCGAAAAUGGUCCAAGCUAUUCUCGCCAUUCUACGAUAAGCGACAGACCUUCGUCCGCCUCCAAAAGUGCUCGUGAUUCUAAUGGACAUUCAUCAAAAAUGAAAUCGCUCGCCGCCUUUAACGAAAUGAAUCGCAGGAAGUCCGAUAGACCUUCGGCAGUGAGUCGACAAUCAUCAGGGAUGUCGAAAAGAUCUUCGAGUCGUGGUUCGAGCAUCAGAAAAUCAUCAGACAUUUCACAAGGUAUAAUUAGCAGACCAUCGAUAGGUCGCGAGAACGCGAUUGACAAUGAAAUUGACGAUGAUGAUAAUAGCUCAGAAGAUUCGAUAAACGAUGAAGUUUCGAAGUUAUCUAUGGGUCGCAGAUCGCCCAGCAGUUUGAGAAGAAAACCAAGAGAAUCCGGUACACGAAGUUCAAUUUCUAUUCAGGAAGAAUUCAGUCGGACAUCGGCAGCAGGAAUUAAUAUGGCAGAAGCACCCAGUACAGAUAGUCGCAGAUCUAGUAAUAGGAGUGUGGAAAUGCUUAGAGGAAUAUCGGGUAUGAAAUUGCCGCUCGAUUUUGAAAACGCACGGAUCGUGUCAAAUACGGUAGAAAGCAGUAGCGAAAAUCCCGAAGACUGCGUUCGGAGAGUCGUUCUGGAGGUGCCAAUAGAAGUUGAUAAUAAGCUUGGAAGUAAAAGUAGAGGAAUACAAACUACUAAGUCUAUUGCGAAUAUGAAGUGUACAUCGAGCAGCUCCUCCAGCGGCUCUUCAACUAGUGCCAUAAUAUGCUCAUGUUGCCGGAAGUGUAUGUCCAAGGGGUCUGCAAUAGAUAUCACCGUUCUUGAUUCUUGUGGGCCGAGGUUCUGCGAUCCCUGUUUGAUUGAAAGUAAAAAGCGAGAUUGGAGUCCAUCGAAUGCUUACUUCAAGCAACCUCAGCACAAGUGCACAUGUUCUCCUCUGACUAGUAACAUGACGAUCCGGAGGAUCCGUAGCACUCUAGAGGAGCUGCGCGGCCUUGAUAGCUACGAGUCCUGUUGCACCUGCAAGGAACCAAAACUAUCCGGAGUGUGCAGCUCGUGUUGCAACAAUGGGGGUAGGAUAAACAAAAACAACCAACAAAAGAAAGCAGUAGCUUAUUUAUUAACAUUUGAGCCGGGCGCCGAAGACGUUGAGGAGCCGUCCCAGCGCAACGUGAGGUCGCUCGACGAGAUCAAAAUAAAAAUACCGGUCGGCAGCAAAGGCUAUCUGCCUACAAAAGAAGAAAAACGAAAGAAACACAAAUCGUCGAAGCACAAGGAUAGAAAGAGUCUUCAGGACUAUUUAGCCACGAAUAAGCCUAGUUUUGUUGCUGCAGCGGAGGAGAGGAGAAAGUGCAUGAUCGAGUUGGCUUAUUUGCGUGAGCAAAGAUGCCAAAAGUACAAGCAGGUCCUGGCCAUGACCAACGGACUGCCUCCUUACCAAUAUUUAGGCCAAAACGAGAACGCCCACAAACGUUUGUUCACAACUAAAGAAAUGAAGCAGAUGACGGCGAAGCACUACAAGAAACUGCCCGAAGUUCAACGAAAAUUGGUUGAGAACAGGGACAGACAAAUGAAGUUGGCCAACAGGUUAUUGGCAGAGAUAUUCAAUCAGAAUUUAAGGCAAAAUGUCUUGCGUGGCAAACCAUCGCUCUCUACCAGCAUCAGCGUAAUUAAUUUAAUGUGAUUUAUUUAUUUUUUAAUCUUCGUUUCGUUCAUUUAUCAUAUUUUUUUCUUAUCGAAUAAUAAAAUAUAUGACUUAUUAUUAUUAUUGUACAAGAACAUUUAUACAGUUGCCAAAGAUUUUUCUUUUCAAAUAUUUACAUGUUAGGAAUGAAUUUGUUAAAUAAAAUAUAAUUUAUA